AUGAAGCUAAAGGUGGUGUAUCGUAAGGUCUCUGAUUACAUACGUUACGAUCUCAAAGAAAUCAUCUUACCUUCAUCACUUCCUGAUCCUCCACACGUCGUUAAACACCGCAAAUUGACUUGGCACGAGCAGUUUCUCGUGUUGAAGGAAGCUACAAGGCUUUAUGGUGCAAGCUGGGUGAGAGACAUAGGUCCUGAGCUUCGUCCAAAUGAUUACAAGAAGCAUGGUGAUGCUGAACCUAAGAAACAAGCCAAAGAGACUGAGAAAGAGCCCUCUGUUUUAGAAGAUAUUGCGGUAGCUGCAAGAGGUGGAAUGGAGACUUUAAGGCCUGCGUUACAACGAGUGUACAUGACACGAGCUUCUAAUUACAAAGACGCUCUUUCAAGCUUUAUCAAAGGUUACCAUGAGGGUGUCCAGCAAGUUAUGCAUAGCAAACAAGAGUCUCAAGUCCCUAAAGAUCAUGAAUCGGACAAUUCUAAAAAAACUACCUGAUCAUUACUUGUUAGCUCCAAAAGUAGGAUACAUUAGUUUGAUGUGCGAGUUAUGCACUUUGCUACAUCUUUGGUUUAUUUGUUUGUGCCACAAGAAUCCAGAGAUUUCUAUCUACUAUGUAGUCCUUUGCGCAAAACCUAGCCUAUUUUUGAAGCCACUUCUAUCUUGUUGAAG